AUGGGCAAGCGUGGUGACCACAAUGCGAAGCCCCCGCAGAAGGUUCCCUGUGGCCAGGGCCGCAGGCGUCGUGGUUCUCAAGAUGCCUCUGCCGCUGCUGCCCACUCGGCCGCGUCGGCGCUGGCGAGAUUGGCUGCGCCUGACUCCUUCCAGUGCGGCACGUGCGAUGUCACCGAUGUCAGCAUGGCGGUGCAAGAUGCAACGGUGCCAACCUGCACUACGUGUUUCGAUCGGUACUGCAAGGGCUUCACCCAGUUCGGCAGCUUGGAGAAGGUCCAGGAGGGCGUCAACGAGGAGGGCUCGCACAUACACGGAUGCUGGGAGGAGUCCAAGCGCAUCGAGAAGGGCGAGGCCGCGAAGUCCUUCUUCCCGACGGCCGUCAACGAGGGUAGCCAGUUCAUCAUCGCGGUCGUGAAGCCGAUGGUCGGCAUAACCCGCGGGCAGCUCGUCUCAGACGUGCUGCACGAGGAGCCCGAGGCGCUGGGCAUCAAGCUCCAGGACUUGCCCGACCACGAGGGGAACACCUACAAGGGCAUCUUGGUCCCCAACCCGCAGCGGCCGUACUUGGAGUACAACGUGACGAACGAGAUCUACGCCAAUAUGAUUGCGCACAAGAUGGCGCCAGACCAGCAGACUUUCGAUGCGCAGGCUUUGGGCACGUACGAUCACUUGUCGCAGGGCCUUUCCACCACUGGCAAGUUCAAGCCCAUCUGCGUGAAGGCGCGCACAGAGGCCUACACCAUCGAUUCCCUGAUUGCGAGGGCGGAGAACUACAGGAAGACGCAAGCGGAGAUCGAGCGGAGGGCCAAAGAGGCCGAGGAUGCGGCUGUUGCUGCCAGUGGCGAGAGCUCGUUCGGCGGCAGCCCUUCGCCCGCGGCUCCGCAGCAGGGCGCGCUUGCAGCGGGGUCUGGGCCGCAGCUCAAUCCUGCGGCGAUGGCUUGCUCGCGGUCCGUCGUCGCCCCCUCCGAGUGCAGGCCGCCGAGGACGCCUGGCGCGAGGCCUCGCGGAGGCGCCAGAUCCGUCAUGUCCGAUGCCAAGAAGUCCGAGGUGGAGGAGCUCGUGGAUAGGCGCAUUUCAGCUCUGGACACGAGCAGGUGCUGGUCGGGCGCGGCCAUGGGCCGCGAGCUUCGCUGGGCCAGGGAGUCGCACGAGGGCAUCAUGGAGGCCAGCCCCACCCCAGAGGACUCGGAGACCGCUGACAAGCUGAAGGAGCACAUCUCGGUGUGCGAUGCGAUCUGCGGGAUCGUCGAGAAGCCCCUUCGAGAGAUCCCGAAGAGCAAGCUCGACAGCUUCCUGAAUACCCUGGAGAAGUACAACGAGGACAUGCCGAGCAAGUGGAAGUUGGAUAACUUGAAGGUGGGCGACCUCUUGAAGAAGCCUGACAUGUGCAUGCAGGAUUUCUUCUAUAUGAUUGCGCCGUGGGAGGUCCAGCACGCCGAGGGCAAUGGGAGCCUCACGUACAGGCCGACGUACCCCAGGGUGAUCACGUUGGACGGCAGCCAGGCGGACAAGAUCAGCCAGUGCGACGCGUUCUUCACCGAGGCGCUGAACCAUCACAUCCAUGCUGGCGAAGGCGGCCGAUCCCAACUUGUUCAGUUCUGCACCUCCUGCCUCGACUGGAUCGACAACAACUGCCCCGAGGAUGAGGCCUUCGACGAUGUCGUCAACACGAUGGCGCAGUGCUUGAAGGCUCUCCUGUGCAUUGCCAGCCCAGACAAGAUUGCCUACCACGAUUCCAUAACUAAAAUGGGGGAGGCCAAGUCGCAGUGCCCUGGGCAAGCGUGCCUCCGCCACCUGAACUUGUCGGUGAAGCGCUCGGAGUUCUACACCAGCCUCAGGGCCGUGCGAGAUGAGUGCACGCAGUACUACACCAAGACGCAGGAGCACUGGCCCGAAGUUUGCAGCCUGCUCAGCAAGAUGGAGCAGUGCAAGACCGUAGCGGAGUUUGUGCAGUCGGGUAACAUGGCGAUCGCUCUGAAUAAGGUGGCCAUGUUCGCCAUGUAUUGUCGGCCAGGCUCAAUCGACGGCUUCAAGUCUAAGCUGACGGCGCUGUUCGAGAAGUACCUCGCCGACCUGCCGCAGGGCGACCCGUCCAAUGACCCGAAUGGCAAGGCUCUGACCGCGAGGCUGGCCGAGACAAAGGCGUUGGUGACUGCAGCGAAGAUUGGCUUGCCAGAGAAACAUUCCGUGUGGGCGAAGGCCUUGUCGGAUAUCCAGAAGCAGGAGUCCUCCGUGAACAAGUUCAACGCCAGCCAGGGCCUCGGGCAGCUGGCGUCGGCCUUGAAUGCAGAUGCAUUGGCAGAUGAUGCGACGCGUCUCAGCGUCAUUCCCGUGAUCGAAUCUGUCUUGGCCGCGGGUGGCAGGGGCGUUGAGGCCCAUAGAGGGAGCGGCGCUGCCAUCUUCCAGCACGUCCUCGACGGCAUCGCCAUGAAUUGCACCCAGCCUGACCAUGCGGAAUCCUACUGUGACAUCCUCCUGAAGCUCGCAGAGGCGGAGUGGCUGACCGACGCCUCGGGUACAAAGCUGAAGGCUGCGACCGACAUGAUCAAGAACUGGGCACCGCUCAACACCCACGUCGCGAGCUGGGAUGGCCUGGCGUCCGACGACGAGAGCCGACUGCGGCACGGCAAUGCGAAGAACAUCAUCCAGGGCAUGAUCGCAACGCUCAAGGCCAUCAAGUCAGCUGGCAUGGUCUCGGGCAUGGGCGGCUUGGAGACUGACGCGACUAACGCUGGCCAGAAGACCGAGACGGCGAGCUUGGUGGCUAAGACGUCUACCAUCAGGGUGCUCUCUGAGAAGACGAACGUUCUCAGGCCGAUCAGCCGUGGCGGCGACGACGAGGGCGACCCGUGGGACUGCGGGAUGCCCGACGGCAAUGGGGGGAUUGAGGAGGUCUUGGAGCGCGCCUUCGAGACCAUCAUGCUGAUCGACGGCUCGGCCUACCAGGAGAAGAUCGACGCGGUGCAGCAUGCCUUCGAGGAGGCGCUGGAGUGGUCCGAGGUCUUCGAGUACCAGGUUGAUACCAGCGUCAUCGACGACGCGAACAAGGUGCUCUGGAACGCCAUGGCCACCAAGUACACGGCCCUGCUCAUCCGCACCUACAAGGAGAACUCAAGCAACCCGCCCAAGUUGCGCCGCGAGAUCAACAACUACAGGAAGCAGAUCAAGGAGCAGUCGGGCGUCGAGAAGGCGAUGCGCCAGGACGUCAUGGAGUGGGCGUCGAAGAUGUGCUCCCUCAAGGGCUGA